GGCAAGUGUGUGUAUGGAUAACCUUCAGCGAUCUCUCAGUUUUGGUGGUCGCCGUAACAUUCCCUCACAUGUUGAGAUGGAAGCCAUCCUGGCUGGCCGAACUUCUCGUCGGAUUCCUAUCCACCUGCCAGGAGGAGUAGAGUACCCCACUAAGAUGCACAGCUUCAGUAUGGCAGCCGAUGUGGUAGCAGACAUCUGUAAAAAAAUGGGCAUUUCAAAUACCACCGAAAUGAAAGAUUUUUUCAUCUUCGCCAACAGAGUUCCAGUUGGGACUGGGCGCCCCCUCCAUCCUGAGGAGUAUCUUUUCGACUUCCAGCUGGAUGACAGCUCCAUCUUCUUGUCUCUGAGGAGAGUGAUGUGGAGAAAUGCUCUUUCCUUCAAUAGUGACCUCUAUGUAGACUUCCACUACCAGCAGCUCCUGGGUGACUACCUGAGUGGGCGGCUGAUCCUUCCUCCUGUUGUAGGUGGCUCUUCAUCAGUGCAGCAGAUAGCAGAGUUGUCAGCUCUGCAGCAUGUGGCUCAGGAACAGGGAGACCAGCUGUCACUGCCAGAGAUAAAGCAGUACCUGCCCUCACAGGAUGGGCUAAGCAGGAAACUUGAGGAGAUUCACUCAUUCUGCUUGGGUCAGAUAGUUGCCAUGCAGUCCCUCAGCCCUCAAGAUGCCAAAACUCAGUUCAUUGAACGUCUGAGCACUCUGCCUUUCUUUGGCUCCAACAACUUCUUGGCCAAGAAGGUCAGCCAGCGUGGCUGUCCCUCUCCCUGCAUAGUCAGCAUAAGCCAAGAGGGUGUGCUGUGCCUUCACCCUAAAACACAGGAGCGGGCAUUUCUGAUUCCUCUGGCAGAUGUUCAGUCCAUGAGCACCAUCCCUCCCAAGAAACAAGGGAAAGUGCCAGCAGUGGGCAUCAAUUAUGGCAAUCCAGCUCAUCCUAACAAAGUUACCAUCCAUCUCACAGAGGCCAAGGAGUUGUGCCACAUCCUUGCACUAAUAAUGGAAGAGUUGAUCCGGCCGCCCAUUAACAGCUCCAUUUCAAAUCGACAUUAGACAUGCACAUAUUAAGAGUAUUUGCUAAUCACUUUUCUGUAACACAUUUAUGUGUUUACUUUUUGGUUAAUUUCUCUUCUUUUUCUGCAUAACUGUUUAAAAACUGUCACUGAUAAAACAGACUGAAAAAUAUUAUGUUCAGUGUUAUGUUAUUCGACAAAAAAAUGUAAUACUGUAAUGUAAUAAUAGAACAUGAGCAAAUUCAUGAGCAGUUUGGGGCAAUUCAUCAGUCAUUGUGUGAAUAAUUCAAGACACAAAUUAUAUGAAUACAUCAAUUUGUUUUUUGGGCUUUAAAAUUCUAGGGCACCAUUGUUGAAAUGUAAAGUAUAUUAAUCAUUAUGAUG